AUGUCCCCCGCCAAGGAUUCCCACCUCAGUUCCCAUUUUCCACGGGACUCAGGCAUUCCUGCGCCCCCUCCGGACUCAGGAGCCCUGACCCCCGGCCCCCCAGUUUCCCAGGGCCCUGGCGUGGGGCCCAGGACAGGGCGAGGUAACAGGUUGUGCCGGCCGCCCCGCCACAGCGGUCGGAGUUUCUGUUUACUUCCCGGCCCGCCCCUGGGGACGGGAACCCUGUGCUCCCCUAGGACUGCUCAGGGCCUGGGGUUCAGGGGCUCGGAACAGAGGGCCCGACACACCAGGCUCACCUGGCCCAGCCCUCCGGAGGGUCCCCAACCACUACACACGACACACACUGGUGCUCCCCCUGCUCCUCUCGCCCGGUGUCCAAGCGCAGCCCUGCUCGCAGCACCUGAACGUCACGGUGGUCCCAGCCCAGCCGCCCCCAGGCUGCUCCCGGGGAUCUCCCCGACUCGGCCCCGCGGACCCGCGCCCCGGCCCCCUCCACCCCAGAGACCCGGACCUGAAGACUCCUCCCCAUCCCCUCCCGCACGUAGCUGCCCAGGUGUCUGGGCCUCCAGCCCCCGCGACCCCCGGCCCCAGGCGUUGGAAACCUGGAGAAGGGGCUGCGCUCACCCGCGACGGCUGAGUUCCCGCCCCUGGUUCCCCGGCGAUCCCGGUUCCCCAGCCCCCGCCCCGGCUCCCCCAUUUUCUCCGCCGACGCGGCCAGACCGGUCCCUCCCCAAGCUCGAGGGUCCCGGCCCUCGGCGUCCCCCAGGCUCUCACCCGAAGCCGCCGGGCUCCCUCCGAGGUCUCCCGUCCCCUCUUCCGGAGGCGGCUCCAGGUGCGCGGCCAGCACAGGUGAAGGGGCGGGGCCGCGGGAGGGGCCGCUUCCAGAACCGUGAGAACGUGAAGUUCGGGUUGAGCCUCCCAGUCCGCGGUUUUGUUCCGGCGCCCCAGCGAGCGGGCACGGGGUCGCGGUGUUCGCCUCUGCGUCUCCAGCUCCGCAUCCUGCUCGCUGUGUUCGCGGGCAGCCCGGGCGGCGGCCCCCAGCUGCUCCAGGACUGA